AUGUCUUCCCCAAGCCCCUCCAACCUCGCCUGCCUAAAGGCACAAGCCGACUUCUGCGCCAGCAUGGCAGAUCUCGAGUUCAAGACCUGGCGCAACCUGCACGACGCCCUCGAGGACUCUGCGGCGCCCUUCGCCAACAUGGCGAUCCGACAAAACGUCCGCAUGCUGGGGGAUUGCACUUGUGUGCCAAUCCGAGAGCUUCUCCAACGUGUGCUCAAGGCACAGCGAGACCUGGCGAAGAGCGCAAGAGCGCUGAAGGAAUGGGUGGAAGAGGUGCGCGCGUCUGGUCGCUUAGGCCCCAUCACUGUCACAGGCCCCGGCGUGGCAGUACUUGCGGCACCCGCGUUCAAAUCGAUAGAAGCCAUUGGCACAGCUCCAGAUCCCGUUUCCGCACUCGAAUACACAGGUGCAAUACUCCCCCUUCUCCUCUCCUUGAGAAACGCACUGCGAGCGAUCACGCGUCUGGUUGGCGAACACUUCGCCUAG